CUCCUGUUUGCGCCCCAGUGUGGCCCUGGAUAUCAGUGCCAAGAAAGGGUUACAUUUUGGAGGCACUGCUGAGAUACCGAUUUGUGGAACUUUAGUCACCAUGUCUGCCAUUACCCCAGAAGGAGUUAAAAUGUGGGCUCUGCAGGAAGGACUCACUUUGCCAUGUGCAUUUGCAAUUGAUCACAUCCCCCUACAGUUGCCAAAUGGUGUGCUUGAACAAGCACUGUCAUCUUACCCUGGCCUAGCUGGCGCUGCUAUAGUCACAUCAUCACCUUCACCCUUACAAGGAUUGAAGCAAGUGCUGUGUGUAGCUCAGUCUGAGCUUAAAAGAGACAGUUUACCUGCAGUUAUCUAUUCAGAUAGUAUUUCACAAAGGGGAUGGACUGCUAUAUAUCCUCCUGCUAUUCCAGCUAUACACCCACAAUGCUCAUCCAGUCCCAUGGCUGUACAGCCAGACUCCUGCAGCAUACUUAUUGAAAAUGACACUUCUUAUGUACCACCUCAAUAUCCUAUUUUGGAGUGGGUACCCCCUCCAGUACGGCCUCCUUUGUCCACAAGUCUGGACACCAUAGCACCUGUAUUUGCUGAAAGCAUACAGAAAGUAACUGAAGCUAGUAUACGGUUAUGGCAAGAGACUGUCUGGAGUGUAAAGAAGUAUUUUUCUGGUAAUGAUCCAGUACCCAAAGGUGAAGAAGUGUUUUCUGAAUGGAUAGAGUACAUCCGCCCAUUAUUAGAGGAAUGGGAAGGAACUGAUAAAAUGAAACAACGCAGACUAAUGGAGCUAGUAAGACAUCCUGUUUUGAUUUUCUUACAAGCCCAAAAGACUAAACAGCCUGAUUGUACUGUUUAUGAUUUAUUACAAGCCUUGAUAAAUCGCUAUGAGAAAUAUGAGGAUCCUCAACAACGUCUUGCUAAGUUUCAAGCAAUGCGACAGUCUAAAGGCGAGAAAGCAUCUGCAUUCAUUUGCAGAGUGUCUAAUGAACUAAAUUACCUCAUAUUCAAAAAGAUCAUUCCUGCAGCUCAGGAAAUUUCUCAUCUUCACCGGCAAGUAAAGUGGGGCUCAGACCCCAAGCACCCUGUCAAUCUUGCUGUGCAAUCGUACCUGAGAUAUAACCCUAAUGCGUCUACGGGGGAUCUCUUAAGGACAGCUGAGGAAGAGGAAGCUAGAAUAGACUUCUAUUAUGCAUCUUCUACCCAUGAUUCUGAGUUAAAAGAGAAAGAAAAGCUUUCUACAGCUCAGUCUCAGACUGUUCCACAGCCUGCAAAGAGCAAGUCACCUGAAGCACCACAGUUUCCUAAAACCACGAAACCGUACUGCCGACGUUGCCAGACACAAGGGCAUGACACCAAUAACUGCUAUCGUAAAGUACAAGCUACUCCUGUGCAAAGCCAAGUUGGAGAAUGCAACUCAAGCAGACAUAAGGAAAGGAAGCCUGACCACCCCACACCCCUUGUAGGGGUAGGACGUAAGUGCAUCUUCCAUCUGACUGUGAAUGGUGUCCCUUCUACCGCAUUGUUUGACACUGGCUCACAGAUAACCAUCAUUUGUCGACCUUUCUACCAGGAACAUUUAUCCCACCUACCCUUGAUACCUGCUGAUGACAUAGAAGUAGUGGGUGUGGGUGCCGAGUCAGCUUAUAUGGAUGGUAAAGUUGAAGUUGAUCUCCGAAUACCUGGGAUAACUUCUGAAGCUGAACCCCCUCUCAAAGUGUUCGCUUAUAUUUGUCCUCCUAUGGAUCUCAGGACUUCUGCACCAAUAAUUGUGGGAUCUAACGUAAAGGCAGUUGAAGAUGCCUUCCUUAAGUUUCUGCACUUGCAAGGGACCACUGAUGUUUCUUCUUUUCCUGUGUCAGCAGCAGUGAAGAGACUGUGUGAAGCUUUUGUACCCGAAUUCUGUCAGGGUCCUGUGUACAGAGUGAAUGGGCCUCCUUUAGAAAUUCCAGCUGGUCAAGCACAACUGAUACAAGUUUCCUGGUCUCUGCCGAUUGAAUGCGAUACAGAAAGCUAUUUUCUUCUGGAAACACCACCUGAACAAGUUGCAAAGCAUGGUUGGGAAUUAAUUCCAGAAAGAAAGGACUGGAGACAGGGAAUGCCCGAGUUUGAUUGGGUUGUUCUGCGAAAUCACAACCCUUGGCCUAUUACAGUGAGUGAGUUUGAUGAAGUUGGAGAGUGCUACUCUGUUCAAGAAGUUACUUCUGAAUCUGAAGUGUGUUCUGCACAUAUUGAACCAAAAGAUGCACCUCUGAAUUUUGAUUUUGGGGACUCUCCCAUGCCGAAAGAAGCCAAAGAACUGCUUAUUAAGGAGCUCACAAUCAGAGAAGAUGUGUUCUCCACUGAGGAUAUGGAUGUUGGAUGUGCCAAAAGUGCCUGUCACACCAUUCGCUUAGCAGAUUCUAAACCCUUCCGGGAGAGAUCUAGAAAGUUACCACCCAGAGAUGUUGAAGAUGUACGAAAGUGCUUGAAAAAGAUGAAGGAUCAGAAUAUAAUCACAGAUUCUAGAAGUCCCUAUGCUUCCCCUAUUGUGGUGGUUCGGAAGAAAGAUGGAUCCGUUCGUCUUUGUGUGGACUACCGCACAUUAAACCGAAGGACCAUACCCGACCAAUACACACUACCUAGAAUUGAAGAUUCCAUGGAAGCUUUAAGUGGGAGUAAAUGGUUUACUGUGAUGGAUCUCAGAUCUGGAUACUAUCAAGUACCAAUGUGUCCUGAGGAUCAAGAGAAAACUGCCUUCAUAUGUCCUCUGGGAUUUUAUCAAUUCACACGGAUGCCUCAAGGUAUCUGCGGGGCCCCUGCAACAUUCCAGAGACUCAUGGAAAAAGUUCUGGGAGAUCUAUGCCCCCGAGAAUGUCUUGUCUACCUUGAUGACAUUAUUGUGUUUGGAAGUACUCUAGAAGAACACCAUGAAAGACUCAUUCGUGUGAUUGACAGACUUCAAGAAGAAGGUCUAAAGUUGUCUAUUGACAAAUGCAAAUUUGGUCGUACCUCAGUGCACUACGUGGGACAUAUUGUGUCUGCUGAAGGCGUGGCCACUGACCCUGCCAAAAUAGAAGCAGUGGUGAAUUGGCCACAACCAAACAACCUCACAGAACUUAGGUCAUUCCUUGGGUUCUGUGGCUAUUACCGAAGGUUUGUGGAGGGAUAUUCCAAGUUGGCAAAACCUUUACAUACCUUACUGACCAUUCCCUCAACUGAAGAAAAGGCUACCAAAAAUUCCAAGUUACCCUUUGGGGAUAAGUGGACUGAGGCCUGUACUCAAGCCUUUGCAGCUUUGAAGAAAUGUCUCACAGAAGCCCCUGUGUUGGCCUAUGCAGAUCCAACAAAACCCUAUAUCCUCCAUGUGGAUGCCAGCUAUGAUGGUUUGGGAGGAGUACUUCACCAAGAGUACCCUGGAGGCUUGGGUCCUGUGGCAUAUAUAAGCCGGAGUUUAGCUGCAAGUGAAAAAAACUACCCAGUACACAAGUUAGAGUUCCUGGCACUAAAGUGGGCCAUUGUUGAUAAACUUCAGGGAUACCUGUAUGGAGUGCCGUUUGAAGUUAGAACUGAUAACAACCCUCUAACGUAUGUUCACACUACCGCAAAGUUAGAUGCUACAGGCCAGAGAUGGUUAGCUGCCUUAUCUAACUAUCAGUUCACACUUAAGUAUAAACCAGGUCCGAAGAAUGUAGGAGCCGAUGCCCUAUCUAGAAGGCCUGGUCUACCUGCUACUACUGAUAAUGAGGAAUGGACAGAAAUUUCAACAUCAGGGGUAAAUGCCUUUUGCCUAGCUUCGGCUGUUAAUAGAAGGAAACUCAACUUCUCAGACUUAAGAGUAGUGGAUUCACUGGGUGCAAGACCAGAAUGUGUACCAGAUGCCUUUUGUUGCCCUGCAUUGCUAGGGAUUGAUCAGCUUCACCCUUUGAAGAAAAAGGAUUUGAUCAGAGCUCAAAUAGCUGACCCUAUCAUAGGGCCCCUGAGAAAAGCUGUUCUACAAAAGGACCAGGAGUAUCUUAAGAAGUCUCUGCCUUCCUAUUGCACUAUCCUUUUAAGAGAAUGGGAGAAGUUUCAGAUAGAGAGUGGACUCCUGUAUAGGGUGGUACUAUACCAUGAUCACCCUGAUCGACGCCAGUUUGUUCUUCCUAAAAGAUAUCAACAGUUUGUGCUCAGAAACUUACAUGACAAAAAUGGACAUUUAGGUACUGAGAAAACAUACGGUUUGAUCCAAGAUAGAUUCUACUGGCCUAAGAUGAGAGAAACUGUUACUGACUAUUGUAGAAGAUGUCUGAGAUGUUUGCAAAGAAAAACAUUGCCAAUAAAAGCUGCACCUCUAGAGCACCUGAAAAGUUCAGGGCCCUUAGACCUAGUUUGCAUGGACUUCCUCUGCAUUGACCCUGAUUCUAAAGGAGUUGGAAACAUUCUAGUGGUGACUGAUCAUUAUACACGCUAUGCUCAAGCCUUUCCUACCAAGGAUCAGAAAGCUGCCACUGUUGCUAAAGUUCUUUGGGAGAAGUUCUUCAUUCACUAUGGACUUCCUGUUCGUCUACACUCAGAUCAAGGACGAGAUUUUGAGAGUAAAUUGAUCAAAGAACUUCUGCAAAUGCUCAACAUCAGUAAAAGUAGAACUACACCAUAUCAUCCUCAAGGAGAUGCCCAACCAGAGAGAUUCAACCGCACCUUGUUAAACAUGCUCGGUACCCUAAAUGUUAAAGAGAAAAGAUUUUGGAGUCGCCAUGUUAGCACUAUGGUACAUGCUUACAACUGCACUCGACAUGAAACUACCGGAUAUUCUCCCUACUUUCUCAUGUUCGGCAGAGAAGCACGACUACCAAUAGAUCUCUACUUUGGAGUAUCCGUGGAUGGUAUGGGCAGCAUUAGUCAUUCUCAAUAUGUUGCUAAGUUAAAAGAUGAUUUGUCUAAAGCCUAUCGUCUUGCUGAGGGAAAUGCCUCUAAAACUAAUCAAGGCAACAAGAGAAGGUAUGAUGCCAGAGUACGUCACAAUGAACUUGUUCCAGGAGACAGGGUAUUACUGAGAAACCUAGGAAACAAUGCUCAGCAUAAACUAUCUGAUCGUUGGCGUACAGACUUUUAUGUUGUAGUUGAUAAACUACCUGGUAUCCCUGUCUACCGUAUUAAAGGCCCAAGGGGGUAUCUAAAAGCCUGGCACCGAAAUCAUCUCUUACCCAUACCUCAAGUAUCUGACUCAGAGACUGAGGAUCAAACAGGCUCUACUGUUAGUGAUGGUUCCUCUUGUGCUGGAAAUUCACCAAAUAACUUUGAUGUUUCAGUCAAUUCACCUGCAUCACUUAAUGCAGAUAAUGAUGAUGAACAGCCAACCAUUGCACCUACUAAUUCACAUGAUGACCCACCUUCUUCUACAAGACUGAGCCCAAACACCCCAGCAUUUGUUCCUGCUACACAGCCUGGACUGAAUCAAACCCAGAAUUCAGUUAACCCAGCCUCAGGACUGCCUGCUAGGGAUGUGCGGAGGGGAAGAAGGAUAAGGAGGCCUCCUAGUGCCCUUACCUAUGAUUCUCUAGGGGUACCUAACUACACUUCCCAACCUUUUGUUGGAUAUGCCUCACCUUAUCAGUGUGGUUUAAAUGUGCCUUGUGUUGCUGAUGUUCAGAAUUUGUUAAGGGAAAUGUACCAAAUGAUGAGUAGGUUAUCUUCUAUGAUGUCUGUUAACUACUACUAAUUUCAUUUCCCUUACAGCAACCAUUGUAUCUUGAUAGCUCUCAGGAGAGACUAUCCGAAGCGGAUGUUUAUGUCUAAAUAAGUGGCAUCUUGCCUGUUUAUGUUAUUUGUACCCUUGCUGGGACAGAAGGGAUUUUCCAGGGGGAGAAUGUAGGGAAGUGCUAAUUUACACUUUCCCCAAGCACACAACCCUGUGACUUUAAAUCUGG